AGUCUGAGAGGAAUAAAUGGUUGAUCCACAACUAUGCGCCUCGACUUUCUCUUCCAACUCCGUCAAUAGCUCAUAGCCAGGGAGAAACCUACCCGCUUGCCAGUCACGCAGACAUCGUCAGUCGGCACUCGGCCUGGGUGGGAUAACAUAGCCUCAUUCUUUACGGUUGUGGGCACAGAAGGAAUGGCAGACACGAUAUCUAAGGAGAGAAAGGAACAACAUGAUUCUGAGUGGAAAUAUAAAAGGUCGAUGAAAUCGCCUCUUGUCCUGGCUUCAUGAUAGAGCAGCAGUCACCGCCGGAAAGCCAUCUCUCCACCGAAACCUUUCACAAAGCAAUCGCUCCGCUCUUCGUUUUCUACAUACCCGGCCUCCACCCGCCACCCAAACUCACCCUCACUUCGCGUUAAAAUGCACUUCCAAAGCUUCCUGCUCGCGGCCGCCAUGAGCCUGCCCUUCUCCAUGGCCGCUCCAGUCGCCGAAGCAGACACCAUCGCCAACGCGGCAACUAGCAGCAGCAACCUUGAGGCUCGAGCCUGCCCCUACACCGGCUGGUACCAAUGCAUCAACGUCCAGACCAAUCUCUGCAUUGCCCAGUGUGCUUGGGCUGGCAAGGGUUCUGCUGUCUGCCUGUCCGGUUGUUCUGGAAAGGCAAAUAGUGCUUGUGGCGCCUAUGGCUGCGGCCAGUGAGCUCUACUAAGCGAGUCAAGAGAUACCGAGUUAGAGAGGACGUGGCUUGGAAUGGAGUUGAAGAGAGGAUGUAAAAGUUGAGAAAGGGGUGAUCAAGGGGACGAUGAGAGGGGAGUUUAUGGAGAUGCUGCUGUUAGGUAGUUACUACUUCGAACUUGCGUCACUUAACCUUGCACACUUAACCCGGGGCAUGUCAAAUGCCUCAUAAGGUACAUCGGCCGGCUCCCGAGUAGAAAGUGAAUUUGUAUAAGUGAUCAAAAC